CUGCUCACGCGUGGGGGACUACUUGGGCAGGUGUCUGCUGCAUUGAUUCCUUGCAACGCUCAGGAGUGGGAUGCAGAGUCGCAGCGCCUGAUGUCUUCCCAGCCUGAACGAACGUCGGUGCAAACAGCAGAGAUUUCGAUGUGGACCCUAGUGGCUGCCAUCCAAGCUGUGGAGAGGAAGGUGGAUUCGUUUGCCACACGGUUGCUGAGUCUGGAGGGGAGAACUGGGACGGCUGAGAAGAAAAUAUUCGAGUGUGAGAAAACCGAGUUGGAGUUCGGGAACCAGCUGGAGAGUAAGUGGGCGGCGCUGGGAACUCUGAUGCAGGAGUACGGGCUGCUGCAGAGGAGGCUGGAGAACAUGGAGAACCUGCUGAAGAACAGGAACUUUUGGAUCCUGAGGCUCCCCCCUGGUAUUAAUGGAGAAGUCCCUAAGGUGCCGGUGAUGUUUGAUGACAGCGCCGUCUUCUCCCAGGAGGAGUGGGAGAACUUAGAAGACUGGCAGAAGGAGCUGUACAAGAAUGUGAUGAAGGGGAAUUAUGAAUAUAUGAUCUCACUGGACUAUGCCAUUUCCAAACCUGACAUCCUGUCCCGAAUUGAGCGAGGAGAAGAGCCGUGUGCAAGGGGUCAGCAGGAGUCGGAGGAAAGAGAAACCACUGCAGAUCCCAGCCCAGCGUCUGCGAUGUCUACCCUCGAAAUCUGCGCUCAGAUUAAACAAGAGGAAGAGCCAAUGGCUGAGGAGCAGCAGGAUGCAGAAGAAAGAGAAGCCCCUACAGAGCCUGUGGCAGCCGACGCCUGGCUCGCCAGCCACGAGAAGAACAAGGAGCAAGAUUCGCAGGAGCUGGAGCCGCACUGGACUGCGGCCCAAAGACCGGAAGAGAAUAUUUACCAUAGCGCCGAGCACAGCCCGCCCUCCAACGGGCCAAACGUGACCCUGGCAGUGCAUAUGCCAGAGAAACCCACCCAGCACGAGAGAGACUUCAGCCCCUUGAAAGCCAGCACCGUGUGCCCGGGGGCCCCCGCGACGGAGCGGCCCUACCUCUGCCCCGAGUGCGGGAAGUGCUUCAGCCGCAGGGAGCACUUCGUGCAGCACCAGCGCACCCACACGGGCGAGCGCUCCUACGUGUGCCCCGAGUGCGGCAAGGGCUUCACGCAGCAGUCCAACCUCACCAACCACUACCGCACCCACACGGGCGAGCGCACCCACGUGUGCCCCGAGUGCGGCAAGGGCUUCAUCCACCAGUCCACGCUCACCACCCACCUCCGCACCCACACCGGCGAGAAGCCCUACCAGUGCAGCGUCUGCGCCAAGUGCUUCAGCCGCCUCUCCACCCUGCUGGAGCACCAGCGCACCCACACCGGCGAGAAGCCCUACAAGUGCCUGGAGUGCGAGAAGCGCUUCAGCCGCCUCUCCACGCUGGUGGAGCACCGGCGCACGCACACCGGCGAGAAGCCCUACAAGUGCGCCCAGUGCGAGAAGAGCUUCACCCGUCUCACCAACCUGACCGUGCACCAGAACACCCACGCCGGUGAGCGCGCCUACAAGUGCACCCAGUGCGGCAAGAGCUUCGCCCAGAAGCCCUACUUCCUCAAGCACCUGCGCAACCACACCAAGGAGAAGCUCUACAAGUGCCUGGAGUGCGGCAAGAGCUUCGUCUGCCACUCCUGGCUGGUGCGCCACCAGAUGAUCCACACGGGCGAGCGGCCCUACCAGUGCGGCGAGUGCGGGAAGAGCUUUGUGCAGAAGGAGCACCUCUUGAAGCACCAGCGCGUCCACACGGGCGAGCGGCCCUUCCAGUGCUCCGCCUGCGCCAAGAGCUUCCGCUGCCAGCAGUCCCUGAGGCUGCACCAGAGGAAUCACUUAAAGGAGAAACCCCACAAGUGCCCGGAGUGCGGGAAAGGCUUCCGGAGGAAGUGGGAUCUCACCAAGCACCAGAGAACCCACUCGGGGGAGCGCCCCUAUCCCUGCACGGACUGCAGCAAGAGCUUCAGCCACGUCUCCAACCUCAUCAAGCACCAGCGCAUCCACACCGGGGAGCGGCCCUUCGCCUGCAACAUCUGCGGGCGCAGCUUCACCCUGAAGCAGGUGCUGGUCCGGCACCAGCGCAUCCACACGGGCGAGCGGCCCUUCGCCUGCACCGACUGCGACAAGAGCUUCAAGGACAAGCAGAAGCUGACCAUCCACCAGCGCAUUCACACCGGCGAGCGGCCCUACGUCUGCGCCGACUGCGGCAAGAGCUUCGGGCAGAGCCAGCGGCUCAAGACGCACCGGCGCAUCCACACGGGGGAGAAGCCCUACCUCUGCAGCGACUGCGGCCGGGCCUUCAGCCAGGUCUCCAAUCUGUACACGCACUGGCGCACCCACACGGGCGAGCGCCCCUACCCCUGCACCUACUGCGGCAAGAGCUUCAGCCUCAAGCACGACCUGACCAAGCACCAGCGGGUGCACACGGGCGAGCGCCCCUACCCCUGCACGGACUGCGACAAGAGCUUCAGCCAGAAGCAGGACCUCACCAAGCACCAGCGGGUGCACACGGGCGAGCGCCCCUAUCCCUGCGCCCAGUGCGGCAAGAGCUUCAGCAACAGCCAAGACCUCCGAAAGCACCAGCGCACCCACACGGGAGAGCGACCCUACUCCUGCACCGAGUGCAGGAAAUGCUUCAGCCACGUGUCGAACCUCAAUGCCCACCGGAAGGUGCACACGGGCACCAGGCCCCACACCUGCAAGGAGUGCGGGAAAGGCUUCCGCAAGAGGCAGGAUCUUCUGCGACACGGGAGGAUCCACACGGGAGAAAGCCCCUUUGCCUGCAGCCACUGUGAGAAGAGCUUCCGGCAGAAGAAGGAUUUGAACAGACAUCGGAGCAUCCACACGGGCGAGAGGCCCCACCCCUGUCUCGAAUGUGGGAAAAACUUCCGGCUCAAGCACGCUCUGGUGCGACACCAGGCAACCCACCCACGGCUCAGCCCCUAG